AUGGAGUAUGUGAAUCGCCAGAAGCUCAUAGCUGACAGGAGUCGGCCUGUUCCCACCGACCGGGCGCUCCUCUUCCUAGACAAUCAUGAUCAGCAGCGGGAGCGCUGGAAGCCUGAGGUACCAGGUCAGCCGCCGUCCUCUCCGGUUUGCUUUUGGGAUG